CCAUACCUUAACAGUGUGUAAUGUCUCCGGGGUGUGUCCGAAUAUUGCGGGGUAUACUGUAGUAACAAGUGGAAUGAUUUUAAUACCAGGAACUUGAACUUCAGACAGUCCCAGUCACCCAAGACAUACAGAAGGAAAACGUUCCUGUGGUUUGAAGGCCCGUACCCUGACCUCCCAAUGAGCAGCACGGACAGCCAUGGAGACACAGGCGCUGCCCCGGUGAAGAUUCCCAGUCUCCGCCAGGACGUCCCGGCUCGCGUCGAGGAAUGGCUGCAGCCCUUCAGACUCUCCUGGGAGAAGCUGCGGGACAUCUCCAGCCGGCUGCUCAGGGACAUGGAGAAGGGCCUGGACAAGCACAGCCACCGCGGAGCCCCAGUCAAGAUGCUGCCCACGUUCGUGAGGUCCACUCCAGACGGAACAGAGUCGGGUGACUUCCUCGCGCUGGAUUUGGGAGGGACCAACUUCCGAGUCCUGCACGUCCGAGUGGAGGAGACCAUGAAGAAAGUGGUGAAGAUGGAAAGCCAGACGUGUCCUGUACCUCAGGAGAUCAUGCUGGGCACAGGCACACAGCUGUUCGACCACAUCGCGGCCUGCCUGGCGGACUUCCUCGAGUCUCAGGGCAUCAAGCACCAGGUCCUGCCACUGGGCUUCACCUUCUCCUUCCCCUGCACGCAGAAAGGAAUUGACAAGAGUUAUUUGAUUUGCUGGACCAAGGGCUUCAAAUGCUCAGGAGUAGAGGGACAGGAUGUGGCCAAACUGCUCAAAGACGCCAUCCACAGGCGGGGGGAUUACGACAUCGGUUCGGUGGCCAUGGUCAACGACACGGUGGGGACGAUGAUGAGCUGCGGGUACCGAGACCAGAGCUGCGAGAUCGGCAUGAUCGUCGGAACCGGGACGAACGCGUGCUACAUGGAGGACAUGAAGAACGUGAAGAGGGUGGAGGGAGAGGAUGGCCACAUGUGCAUAAAUAUGGAGUGGGGUGGCUUCGGGGACGACAGGUCUCUGAGCGACGUCCAGACCGAAUUUGACCUGGAGGUGGAUCGCCGCUCCCUCAAUCCUGGUCAGCACAUGUUUGAAAAGAUGAUCAGUGGGAUGUACCUUGGAGAGCUGGCCCGACUGGUUCUGAUCAGACUGGCCCAGGAGAAGCUGCUGUUCGGGGGAGAGAUGUCUGAGGCCCUGCUCACUCCAGGCAAAUUUGAAACGAAGCACAUUUCUGAAAUUGAGGAGGACCGCAAUGGGCUGACUCGGGCCAGAGAGAUCCUGGAAGACCUGGGGCUGAGUCCCACCGGGGAGGACUGUGGGAUUGUGCGGCACGUGUGCAGCACUGUGUCCACGCGCUCCGCCCACCUCUGCGCCGCUGCCCUGGCAACCGUCGCCAACCGGAUCCGUAGCAACCGCGGCCUGGACCAUCUCCGCACCACGGUGGGGGUGGAUGGCACCGUCUACAAAAAACACCCCAAGUUCAGCGAGCGCCUGCAGCAGGCCCUGCGGACUCUGGCCCCGCGGUGCCAGGUCUCCUUCCUGCUCUCGGAGGACGGCAGCGGUAAGGGAGCCGCCAUGGUGACGGCGGUGGCGCAGCGCCUGGCCGGCCAGUCGCGGCUGCUGGACGACAGCGAGGAGGACACCGCGGCGGAGGGGCGGUGCUGACCGCCGUCCCGGGACUCCUUCCUCCGCCCGGAGACCGGGAGCGGGGGGCACCUCGAGCACGUGGUGGGAACCCCGCUUCAGAAGCUGGACCUCUUGUCUUCAGAUAACGAACAGAAUUAAUAUCCCACCCCCUCCCUCCCCUUCCCAGUUGCGUGGGUACAGUCCUUUUUGGGGUGCAGCGAUCUUUUCUUCUCCGUAGUUAUUAAUGUGUUCUACCCCCUCUAUAUUUAUUGACACCCGCGCGUGGUAUUCUGUGGCGACCUCUCAGGUCCCGCCCGCCGGUGACACUCCUGCUGCGUGGGCCAGCCCUGUGCGCUGCUGCAGGGAGCUCUUAGGCUUGAGCCACACGAGCGAGAGGAAACCAUCGCUCUGAUCUCUCUCUUCCUUCAGCCAAGGAACAUGCAGGCCAGUAAGUAAGCCUGGGGAAGGGCUGCCAGCCUCCUGUUAUGGUUUUGUGAAGAAACAGUGAAACCCGGUCAUUUGUUUUAAAUAAUUCAGUGAACGGCUUCUUUGACCAUCGACAAUGAGACUGGGGUUAUCGCACUAGAUCUUCCAGUUUGCCAGUGGCGGAGUUGGUGUUGAAGAUACACGUAAUGCUAAAAACAGUAUUUUGAACAUAGACGUGGGGUUUAAGAAUCCUUUGACUCAAUGUCUGUCCUUCUAGCACCCCGACCGGACUGGAGCGUGGAACAGUAUUCCUUUACAGAGUACUGGGAUUUAAGACAAGGCACAUGUUGCUGUAGUUUUCAUAUCCAAGCCACACUUGUCUGUCCCAGGAAUUUUCCCCCCAGCCAUUCUUGUCCCUGCUCACACAGCUGGGUGGGCCGGAGCCCCUGGGACACAGGACCUCACUCAAGGCACAACAGCAGAGUCUACAGCUGGGACUCGAACCCACAACCCACCAGUCAUGAGAACAGAGAUGUCUAGUUAACUAUGUCACCCUAAACCCCCUCCAUUUGCUGAAGAGUUUCAAAAUUAACCAUUUUUAGGUCUAUUGACUUCUUGCAGUGCAACAUACAGUAAUCAUCUGCUGAGAACUGAAUUUUGUCUUAGUAAAUGAGAGCAGUGCAUGCAGAAUUUAUACCGAGAAAUUGUUCAUUGGAAAAUAAUGGCACUUGAAACAGAUUUCUCCAAUGUCAGGAGCUGUGUUUUGAAUUCAGGUUUUAGACCUAACUGAAGAACGUGAGAUUGUGAAGUCAGGCUAAAAAAUGAAUACGAUUUUUUUAUAAUUAAAUUGAUAAUGUGUUAAAAACAAAUUAUGCUUAGUGAUACUUGGUUUCACAUCUGUGGACAGUUUGUAAUGCAAAAUGAUAGGCAGUAC